CGGACUUUGCCGAACACUCCCGACAAAUUUUGUUAUUGUUGUGCAGGCAGGCGAAGGAGUCAGACGACUAAUUAGGCCAAAUAUGACCAGAAAUUAGUCGUUUUAUCUUCUGCAAUGUAUUUCUUUACAAUGCUAGGAGUCAAUAUUUGAUGAAGUUUAUUCAUUUUGUCCAAAAAUGCCCGUUGCAAAUCGAUAAAAUUGGAUUUAGAACCUUCGUCCUCAAGCAGCUGACGGAACAAAAAGCUCGGAGUCGUUCAGACUUGAAGAUCGCAGGCGAGCCGAGAUAAUGGACUUUAUGUUUGACUGGGAAAAUGAGAACGAUAGGUUUUCUUUUGAAGAUAGCGAGCGAUUUGAGGAGGAUUCGCUCUGCUCCUGGAUAAGCGAACCCGAGAGUCUUUGUAAUAAUUGGAGAGGUUGGAAAAGACAAAAUGGUGGGCAAGCGACUAAUAAUAAACAACAGACAGGAGCUGUGUCUUCGCUAGUGGAAUUAGCCUCAAAGGCAGUAGCUUGUCAUAUACCUUUUGAAGUAGUGGAACACUUCCCACAGCCCAUUCCUGAACAGAUUCAGCUGAGGAUUGCAUUUUGGAGUUUUCCUGAAAAUGAAGAGGACAUUAGGUUGUAUUCUUGUUUGGCCAAUGGCAGUGCAGAUGAAUUCCAGAAAGGAGAGCACCUCUACAAAACAAAAUCAGUCAAGGAAGUCCUGCAAAUUGGAUUCCACCUGAGUGCAUCAGUGAUACCUCCACAAGGUAUACAGCAGGCUAAGGGAAACUUCAAUGUGGCUGUAGUGUUUGAUCGUAGGAGAAUCUCUUCCUGUACAUGUACCUGUAACAGUCAGCCAUCCUGGUGUUCACAUGUUGUAGCCCUCUGUCUGUAUAGAAUUCACCAGGCACCAUCAGUGAAAUUGAGAGCUCCUGUAUCAGAAUCCCUGUCCAGACUACACAGAGACCAGCUGCAGAAAUUUGCCCAGUAUCUUAUUAGUGAACUACCACAGCAGAUUUUACCUACAGCACAGCGGCUGCUAGAUGAGCUUUUGUCUUCCCAGGAGAAUGCUAUGAACACUGUCUGUGGAGCUCCAGAUCCAACAGCUGGGCCCUCUGCCAAUGAACAAACCUCAUGGUGUCUUGAUGAAUCAGCUCUGCAUGAAAAUGUCAAGAAAACUCUUGUCAAAUUCUGUGUCCCUUCUCCAAUUGUAUUCAGUGAUGUUAAUUAUCUAUCAGCGACUGCUCCUCCUGCUGCUGCGGAAUGGCAGAGUUUACUCCGCCCCCUACGAGGUCGUGAGCCUGAGGGAAUGUGGAACCUACUAUCAAUUGUACGCGAAAUGCUAAGGAGAAAUGACAGUAAUGCUGUACCACUGCUUGAAAUUAUAACUGAUGAGGUCCUGCAAUGUGAACAGAUUCUUGUAUGGUGGUUUACAACAAAGGUAACAAACAACAACAGUAACAACAUAGGGAGAGGAAAUGGAGGAUCUGGAGCAAAUGCUACACAGCAUGCUGCCUCCAGUCUCUGUGAUGAGAUAGUCACGUUAUGGAGAUUGUCUGCCCUGAACCCCAAACUGUCACCGAUACAGAGAGAUGACCUAGCCGUCAAGUUUAGGGAGUGGCAUAUUUCAACUAUCGAAAAUGUGAAGAAGGCACGAUCCUCAUCUCUGAGUGGAUCAGCUAACAGUGGACUGAAGAAAAAUGAUAUGGAGAAUUUCAUAGGAUUCAAGCCAAGUAUUGAAGCCUGUAAUUUAGAAUGGUCAGAUUAUCCAAUACCUGGUGUUACAUAUUCUGAAAAAGAAGGAUCUUGUUAUGUUAAAUAUAGAUUCAACAAACAUAGUGAAAAGGAAAAUAAAAAACCAUCCAGGAUUCAAGCAAUGCCACUUUGCUUAGACACUAUAAUCAGUACAGAUAACAAGACAACUCUGGCACAGGCACAGUGUAUGCUACAAGAUGCACAAGAGUUUUCAAACAUUAGGAGAAAUAAUAACCUGGCUGGUCAAAGAGAUUCUAUUGUUAAUGAUGGUGCGAUUAGCUCAGGGUCAGAAGGUUUCUGUGAACCAGAACGCAGUAGUUCAUUAUUCAGAGGAGAUUCAGACUCAGGAUCAGAAAUGAAAGAAGUCAACAGUAGGAGUAAUUCUUUAGAUAGUCAUGACUUGCGAAAUUAUGCCCCAGAACUGAUAUCUAGUAGUUUUGGACUUGAGCGAUCUGAUAAUGGUGUAUUUUGUCAGAGCGCCAGCAAUACAGAUGAAGUGUUUGAUGGAGCAGAAGGAGGGGCAGAAGGAAUAAGUAUUGGUAUGUUUGGGAAUGAAGCGGGUGAGAGACAGAUGAUCGAUGAAGUGAAUGCCCACUCACAUAGGGCAGAAAAUUUAGAUGUUCUUCGGCCACUGGAUGACUAUCAGAUUUAUUACUUCAACAAUCCGAAAAUUCCAGAGCCUUCCAAGAGUAAAGGAGAUAAAUCAGAAGAACCAAAUCUGUUUGCUGGUGUGAAAGAUCUCAAUUCCAUGCAAGACCAGAUAUUGUUUUCCCGAGCAGAGGCUCUUCAUGCACAUGGCCACACCAGAGAUGCUUGUCGACUUGCUCAGAAAUUAGCUGAAGAACUGUUAAGUAACCCACCAGAUCUGCUGGCUGAAACUGCUAACCUUCCAUCACUCAAAGGAAAGAAGAAAAAGGCAUUAACCAAUAUCAGUCUAUUGGCCAGUUCUACCCUCUCCAAGGCAGCCUUUCUAUGUAGUGUAUUAGCUGAGGAAUCAGAGUGCCACCAUUUAGCAUUUAAAGUUGGAAUGUUUGGUUUAGAAAUGCCAAGACCCCCAGCAUCCAGCAAAGCCCUUGAGGUAAAAUUAGCUUAUCAGGAGUCGGAAAUACUGAAUCUGUUGAAAAAGAUUCCCUUAGGACCUGCAGAGAUAGCUGUUUUACGUGAGAAAGCUGAAGAGUUGAGAGAUGGCACAUUUAAAACUCGUGGAGAUGCACUUCUUCCACUAACAUUAGCAACAUUCAUCUUUGACUCUCUAUGCCUACCAGUGUUUCCAGUUGGCUGUUCCAGUAGCCGCCCUCCUAGUAGGUCUGUGCAGAUUACUGUUCGGACCAGUGUGGAUGAAAAGCUUGGAUUUGAUGGAGCUGUAGCAGCACUUGGUCUGAAGGCCAAUGUGUCUGAAGCUGAGCAUCCUCUGUUGUGUGAAAGCACUAGAAGACAAAGAGGAGAACUGGCUAUUGCUAUGUUAGUACACUACAAGGACGAUCCUAUCAAACUCAGCAAGAUCAUGGACAAGUUGUUAGACAAGGAGGUCCAUCAGUUAUACAAAGCACCAAGCCUGGUGAACUAUUUAGGAGUGAAAACCCCCUCAUCUAAUGUCACAAACACUGCUAGCAGUAGUAUAAGUAGUACCCCUCAUAGUCCUCAGACUUCUAGUGCAGGAGCUGAGGCAGCAGGUACCUCCAAUACCCCCAAGACAGACAGCACAGCCAAGAAUGGUUCAAGUACUCAGCCAACUGUCAGUAUUCCUAAUGAAGUAAACCCAGUGCCCAGUAGAGCAUCAGCAGGAGCACGGCCCAAAAUAACUUAUCCCCUCAGGUACAAUAGUGGAAAAGACACAGAUAGUUCUGCAGUGGAGGAGGAAGAUGAAGUCAGAGCUCUAGAAGCUAAGCUUAGAUGUAUGGCACAGAAAAAGAAACCAUCACAAGGUAUGGCCAGUAUUGACAGUAGUGCUCCAGAGACCACAUCAAGUGACAACUCUCCCACCCUUAUCAGGAGGACAUGGGGUAAACAUCAGGGACCAGGCAGUGACUGUGGCAGUAGUGCUGACAGUGACUCACUAGGUUCUAGCAGCUCAGGGGAGAAAGAUCCUCGAGUCAAAUUGAGAGACAAUGAUAGUCCACCAGGAAUGAUGCCCACUCCAAUUCUCAGAUCUCAGCAGUUGUCUAUGGAGUCUAGAAGCAGUACACCAAAUGUUAAGAAUACCAGGUUCAAAGGUAAGAGCAGGAUGAUGCCAACAGUGCCUAACCAGCCAAGUGAAGCCAUAGCUCACUUCAUGUUUGAACUUUCUAAAACAGUACUGGGCAAGGCUGGUGGAAAUAGCUCCACCUCACUAUUUACACAGCCAACCAACACCAACACAACUACUGGGCCCCACCGGAACUUACAUUUGUGUGCAUUCCAGAUUGGUGUAUAUGCCUUGGGUCUCAACAAUUGUGUUUCACCAAACUGGCUUUCUAGAACAUACUCCUCUCAUGUUUCUUGGAUUACAGGUCAAGCAAUAGAUAUAGGAAGCAUUGCCAUCAACAUUUUGAUUGACACAUGGGAAGGCCACCUAACACCACCAGAGGUUGCUUCGUUGGCUGAUAAAGCAUCAAGAGGGCGUGAUCCAGCCAUGGUGAGGGCAGCAGCAGACCUGGCAUUGUCAUGCCUCCCACAUGCUCAGGCUCUCAACCCAUCAGAAGUACAGCGAGCCAUCUUCCAGUGUAAGGAGCAGAGUAGAGACAUGUUAGAGAGAGCUUGCCUUGCUGUAGAAAGUGCUGCAAAAGGAGGAGGUGUGUAUCCUGAAGUUCUGUUUGAUGUAGCCAGGCAGUGGUUUGAGUUAUCAGAAGAGGCUGCCAAAUCGAAUGAAACUUCAAAUAUAUCCCACAGUCAUUCUCAUGUGGAACUUGACAGUGACAAUUCAAAUUCCUCUUCCUUGGGCACAGAGAGGCAGAGUCCACAGACACUACAAGUUCUCCCCAUGUCAUCAUCUUCGAAUCAUCAAGUAUCCAAUCAGGUCAUGUCCCAUGCUAAUCCCACCUUAUCAGCCCAACCCAUGGUUUUGUCCUACACAAUUCCACCUGCCAAUCACCACCAGCUACCUCAUCAAGCUCUGGUCCAGCAUAUAGGUUAUGUCCAGCAGCUUCCACCAUUUGGUCAACAGUUUACCCCACAGCAUAUCCCCAUCCAUGGUCAUAAUAUUCAUCCAUAUGUUACUUUCCCGUACCAAACUCAGCCCCCAUUCAACAAUCUUCAACUGCAAGGAGCUCCUAAUGUCUAUUCUGCAAAUCCUCCACAGUUCAGGCCCCUUGGUACAGCAGUUCAGGUGUUUCCCCCUCAUUCACAUUGUCAGAUAACCCCCAUUCAGUGCCCCCCUUCAUCAUCAGCUGCAGGGGCUCCCCCACAACCAAUACAUCAGGCUGAAGCCUUGGUUGAAGGAGCAUCCAAUUCUCCAAGUCCACCACAUCAGGGGUCAACACAAGGACACCAUGGACCCAGUCAUCUAGACAAUGAGGCACAGCUGAAUUAUCUCAUGGCCUCUUUUAGAGUAGGAAUGCUGGCUUUGGAGACCUUAUCAAGAAGAGUCCAUGAUGAUAGACCACAGACUAAAUAUGCUCGUAAUCCACCAUAUGGAGAAGAUGUCAAGUGGCUUCUUGGAAUUGCUGUCAAAUUAGGAAUCAACUACUUGCAGCAGUUCUGUGCCAGUGCAGUGAAUGCUGUGGUCAGUCCCUUUAUACUGUAUGACAUUGCUAUAGAAGCAGCCCAUGUUUUGGCCAGAAGUAACCCUGUUGUAGUUCAGAAUCACAUGAGAUCUAACAUCCUCAAUCCACUCAUUCAGAAAUGCCUCAAUAUGUUUAAUCAAUGUGCUCAUCAGAAAAUCCAUCAUAUAAACCAGUCAGACUAUGAGGACUUUAUCAGCACUAUCUGCAGUGCAAGAAAUGCCUUCUGCCUUACACCUGGGGGUCUGGUCCAGUUUCAAGAAUUACUACAGAGCCUUAGAAGGUCAAAGUCCUGUCGAAAGGACUUAUGGACAAGAAUCUUACAUGCAUUAGCCACUGGAAAUGUCUGAUACACGCUAUGGAUAGUCCAGUGUAAAAAAGAAAAAAAAUGAAAAAUCAGGAAUUUAGUAUAGAUUUUUAUUAUUUUUUUGUGUCAAAAAUUUGUAAAGAAAAUGUUUAAAAAAUAUAUAUUUAUGAUUGUGAACUCAUGUUUUAUGUAUUUUAUUAUUUACAGUUUUGAAGUCAUACCUUAUACUGACAAUAUUUUACAAUUGUUUGUUUAAUGUUUGUGUUUACUUACAGGAUUUGGUUGAGAGAAAAAAAAACAAAACAAAACUUUUUUGUGUAAUAGUCCUUGUUUUUCAUUUACCAGUCCAUUGAAGAAAAUAUAUAUUUAAUUGGUUUUAUGAAACAAGCUGUACUUUUCUUUGUUUUUUUUUUUUUUGUUGUCUUCUACUGAUUUUCCUCCUAUGUUGUAGUGGAUUAGCUCUUAGUAACAUACACACGUUGCCAAAUGAUUUGAUAGUUUAAUAGUUGGAAAUGAAAUAACAUGCACUGUAGUUGAGAAUGUAAUUUAACAGAAUGGAUGUAAUAAUGUUGGAAGGAAAAUAUUUUUGUGACGUUACGUGCGAGAAAAUCUGGUUUGAAUUUAAUGUUAAAAAGAAAGUAUACAGUGUAUGUAUAUGAAAAUUUUAUGGUUAUCAUAGUUACUGAGACAUGAAGGUUAAAAAUCAGUUAAUAUUUACACAUAUCAACAUCUUACGAUGCAGUGAAUGUUGGAUUAUUUGUGGCUCAAGAUCAUUCUUUUGGAAUAGAAAGAAGAAAUGAGAGAAAACUGACGUUAAUCUUGUGGUCUAUUGAAGUAAUAUCUGACAGAGCUAUAUACUUUUUUAAAACCCUAAGAAAAGUUUAUCAUACGUUGAUGGUUAAUUUGGUAAAACUUCAUUUUGGAAGUUUGAGAAGUGACACUAAAAUCCUUGCUUGAUUGUUUUGAACUCGUCAGUAAUUUUUUUUUAAAUAAGGAAAAAUAUUUCAGCUUUCCCACUAUAAAAAAAAAUAUGUUCAUUUAAAGUAUAUUACAUAAAUUAUUUGAGAUUUUUGGUCAUUUUGAGACUAUGUUGAAACAUCGAACGACUCUAAAUUAAUAUUUAUCAGUUCACCCUAAAAAGAUAUUACCAUCCUUUGGUUAUUAUUUGAAACAAGAAUGUUGAAAGAACAAACAUGAAAUCAUCUGAACAUGUCUUAACAUCUUUUGUACAAAUGAUUGUUCUUGAAUUGUUUGACUCUGAUCUUUAAGAAAAAAAAACAAACUAGUGUGCUGAGCAUACACCAGAAUGCAAUAAGAAAGCAACUAGACUUCAUUGUUGCUGAACAAAGUACAAUAUUCCUCAUUUUACUGGAAAAUAUUUCUAGAGUUGCUUCAUUCCCCUGUUGUUCUAUUUUUAUAAACAAAGAUAAAGUGAACAUUUAACUUUGUUGCAACUGCAUUUAGUGUUUAUUCAUAUAUCACAAAUAUAUAUAAUUCAUAUAUGUAUAUUUAUUCAUUUUCCACACCACAUAAGCAUUACUCAUAUAUUUAAGACAAAAAACCUAGUAUUUAUUUAUCAACAACGUAGUAUUAAACUAAUGGUUAUUGUCUUCCAUGGCAUAUAAAUGACUAAAAAUUAUUUUCUUGGAAAGAUGUGAAUUACAAAGAUACCUAAUUUUUUUAAGAGUGAUUGUAUUUACAAAUGUACGGUAGGGGAGAAAUACGUUUGAAAGAUUCUUCAUCUGAAAAAAAAAUGAAUGACAAGAGUAAUUUCAAAAUGUUGCUAAUUUUUUUGUCAUAUGCUUUUGAAUGAUUGGCUAUGCAAAUCUUAACAAAACUGAAUAAUAAUUUGCAAUCAGUAAUAUGUUUGGAAAUAAGGGUCUAAAGCUGUUUAUUACUUUGGCAUGCAGAAUUUUACAUUUUAUUGAGACAGGGAUGGGGGGUAUAUUCAUUGUUCUAUUGCAUUCACUAUGUGUUGGCUUAUAAUUAUUGAUUGCCCAAAUAUACAGGGUUGAAAACACUUCAAUUGAUUUUUAACAAAUUCAUGCUUGUAUGCAUAGUAGAUAUACAAACAAUAUUGUUUACAUAUACAGCAGCCUUGAAAAACAUAGUCAGUAUGCAAGACCAGUGUCCCAAAACAUGACAAAAGUUGAUCUCAGCUUGUAUCACUUAUGUAGUAGAUUUCAAUAUUUCAGUCAGCAGGUAGAUUUCGAUCUCUGUGUCCCUGUCACGGGACUUGUUCUCUGUGUUCAUCACUGUAUCUCUGGUAGAUAGUUCUUUUAAUGUACCCUAUGCACUUCAUCUGUAAACAAUGUUCAGAUUAUGCACUUAUCAACAUCUAAUAAAUGUGAGUGUCUAGCAUCUUUUUAUACACAUGUAUUAAUCUGAAAAUUAAAUUUCUGUCAUUACCUAGUCAAUGAAAAUUCAAAUUUUAUGCACCAAAUUGAAUGUAAUUGUUCAGGAAAAUUGAGCUGUAAAAAAGUAAUGUAUGUAUGAAUAACAGGCUCUAACUUUUAAGUUUUCAAGUGUGAAUUUUGAAAGUACCCUCCUACUCUUGAUUUUUAGCACACCUGAGCAGAAGGUUCAAGUGAGCUUUUCUGAUUGGAAUUUGUCCAUUAUCUGUUGUCGUAAUCUUUUCACAUUUUCAAUUUCUUCUCUAGAACCACUUGGCCAGUUUUAACCAAACUUGCCACAAACUAUCCUUGGGUAAAGGGGGUUCAGGUUUGUUCAAAUGAAGGGCCACACCUUCUUCCAAGGGGAGAUAAUUAUGAAUUGGUGAAAAAUUAAUGGCAUCAUUUAAAAAUCUUCUUCUCAAGAACCACUGUGCUUGAAAAUGUGAAACUUGUGUUGAAUUAUUGUGAGGUAGUGUAGAUUCAGAUUUGUUCAAUUCAUCACCCCUGGUGGUUGAGUGGGGCCACAGUGGGUGAUCGAAGUUUUACACAGGAAUGCAAAGCGAAAAAUCUUCUCAAGAACAGCAAAGCCAUGAUUGGUCAUAUUUAUAUACAUGUACAAGCAUCUUCAGGUAGUGUAGAUUCAAGUUUGUUAAACCCCCCAAUUACCACUUUUAUGUUUAAACUUUUCAAUACUGAACUAAUUUCUGCUUUUUCCUAGCCAAAGUGCUCAGGUGAGCUAUGUGGCCCCUAGGCCUCUUUUGUUUGUUUUUUUUUUUCCAAACAUUGUAUUUUAGAUAUGAAAAAAAAAGUAUUCAUGUUUAUAAGCCCUUAUAUUGAGGUUAUUCAUAUCAGUCUUACUUGAUAGUAAAAUAAUAAUUUCUUAUUAAGAAAACUAUAUGUAUCUUAUUUAUUGACAUUUUUUGUAAGCAAAAUUUGUUAAAGAAAUUGUGAAUUGAGUAAUGAGACAAAAGUAUUUUUUUAAGUAGACAGUGGUAGAUGAAGUUGUCCUGACAUUAUUGUCAUCAAUAUCACCUCACACCAAUCUCCAGUCAAUAAACGUAAGAAAAUA